GUAAAGGAAAAAGAAGAAGAAGAGGCAGCACCAGCAGUUUUUGUUGCUAGUGCCACGCGCAGCUCUUAUGUGGUGAAAAUGCGCAUCGAAAAGUGUUAUUUCUGCUCGAGUCCCGUGUACCCGGGGCACGGAGUGAUGUUUGUACGGAACGAUUCCAAGGUAUUUAGAUUCUGCAGAUCAAAAUGUCACAAGAACUUCAAAAAGAAGCGCAAUCCAAGAAAAACGAGAUGGACCAAAGCAUUCAGGAAGGCAUCAGGAAAAGAGCUGACAGUGGAUAACUCUCUGGAGUUUGAAAAGCGCAGAAAUGUUCCUAUUAAGUAUAACCGGGAACUGUGGAACAAGACAGUGGAAGCAAUGAAGAGGGUGGAAGAAAUCAAACGGAAAAGACAGGCAAGAUUUAUCAUGAACAGACUGAAGAAGGGCAAACAGUUGGAAAAGGAAGAGGACAUCAGUGAAGUCAAGAAAAAUAUUCACCUCAUCAGAGCCCCACAUGCAGGAAAAGCCAAGCAGUUGGAAGAAAAAAUGGUGCAGAAGUUACAAGAGGAUGUCGACAUGGAGGAUGACAGUUAAUACUUCAAGCUGUUUGAGUGCAAAUCAGAACACAGAAUGCCAUGUUGUAUAUUUGUUUUGUCGAGUGCUAUAAGCACUCGACAAAGAGUUGUAUCCCAAGCAGCAGCAAUUGUGUCCCACUACUCAUUUCCUCUAGGCUGGGAAUAUUGAACUGUUUACACUUGUGUAGCAUUGUCUAUUGUAGAAAAAUGCUCAAGGGAAUUAACACAAACAUUUGAAACUGGUGUCGACAUAGAGAUGGUGAUUUAAUAGUUUGGAGCAUUAUGGAUGUGAGAGACUCUUUCAUCCAAUUUAUGGUUGGACUUGUUGGUAAUUUGAUAAUCUCCAAAAAAUGGAUGAGCAGUGACUGCUGACGUGAAGGGCUUCACGUUAGGAAGAUGCGCUCUAAUUUGGACCAUGGCCUUAGGUGUAAAGUUUUUUUAUUAUAAACAUUUUAUCCCCUGCUUUAUUGCUCCUUGUUUCAUCUAACUAUAAUAUAAACUGUAAUUUUGUUUUGUCAAGGGAGUACAUUCCUGUUUAUCACAGGAGAGAGGCUAAUGUAAACUAAAAUGCAAUAAAAACUGAAGUGCUC